AUGGGAGAGUUUGUAGUUAGACAAGGCAAAAGAGUACGUAAGGUAUACGUAAUGGGACGUAAGGCGCCAAUGUGGAAUAAACAAUUGGUUCAAUUAUUAAUUUCAAAAUAUCGUAAAUACGAUCAUUUAUAUAAUACCAAAAAUCCCCAAUAUUUAUAUAGAAAUGCUAGAAUCAAAUCGCUUAAUGACAUCUGUAAAGCCCUGAAGAAAAUCAACAGAAAUAUAACUGUAAAUCAUAUUAAAAAGAAAAUACAUACUCUGCGAACGCAAUAUCUUAAAGAAUUGCGCGAAUUGAAUAAAAAUAAAGAAGCCGGGUGUAAUGAAAAGGCUACACCAAAACUAUGGUGUUUCAAGCAAUUGGCAUUUCUCGAGACCCAUUGUGUUGUGAAGGGCAAUUACACAGCAAAUGAGAUUGACGAGGAGGUAUUGAGUAACGACCCGGAGGCUAAUGAACUAAGCUCCCACUCGUUGGACUAUGAAGAAGUGCAUAUUGAAUUCGAAUCCCAAGAAGAUAGCGAAGCAGAGGAUCUACCAGAUAGACUAUGGAGUAAAGAAAUGUUGGAAUUAUUACUAAGGAAAUAUCAACAAUAUCCCAAUUUGUAUAAUAAAAAACAUCCUCACUAUUUCAAUAAUGCAAAAAAAUCAAAAUCAAUACAGGAUAUAUGCAAAUCAUUGAAUAGACACUACUCGAAUAUCACCGAAGAGGAUAUUAAUAAUGAAAUUCAUAAAUUGACAAUGGAAUAUCGUGAAGAUUUAACGAGACUGGAAAAAAGACCGGAUUUGAAACCGAAAUUAUGGUGUUACGAUCUAAUGGAAUUUUUGAGGCCAUAUUAUUGCAAUAAUUUAAAGGAUUUGGAGAUAAAUGAAAAUGACGAAAGUGACAACAAAAAUGCCAAUGAAGUCUUUAUUGAAUACGAAUUUGAAAGUCCCACCGGAUGCAAUAAAAAUCUUCAAUCGUCUAAAGACAUUUUACGUUAUUUACGUUGUGGUGAAAUUCUAAUAGCCUCAUCGUGUGACUACAAAGAUCCCUAUAUUUUGAAAUGUAAUCAUUGUGGUGAUAUUUAUUCGGUUGUAGAAUCUUUUCUAAAUCAUUGUAUUGGACAUUUUCAAAUGGACGAUAAAAAUGAACUUAAAUUGAAAGAUAACCACCACGAACAGCCGAGCAAAAAAAGAAGUAGAACAACAAAUGAAGUUCAUAGUAUUGAAAUAGAAAAGUCGGAUACAAAUGAGGAAUAUUUAUUAGAGAUGGAGGAUGAACAGUUUUCUGAUGAUAAUCAACUGGAAUAUAAAAUUUCUAGAAAGGUAUGUGAAGAUGCUGACAUUAAAUCGAAAGACACUGAAAAUAAUGCCUCUGUUUUAUAUGAUGAGAAUAAUUUUUACGAAGAUAAUGCGGAGGAGGAAGAUUGUCAAACAAGUGAAGGAAUUGUGGCAAAUAGGGAGGUCCCAGUGGAUUUAUACGACGAUGAAGAAUGCAUGGAGGAAAAUCCAGCCGAAGAGUUGCCCACCUUAAAAUGUCAACUGAAGGAUUUUAAAGAUAGCAAACUGUACAAAUUGCAUGCGCAAAGACAUCUGAAUGCUCUCAGCGAAAAAUGUCUAGUGGGUGGCAAACGUUUUGCUAAGCCAGCAGAUUUGAAAAAGCAUCACCUAACACAUACAAAAGAAACAACGUUCUGUUGUGAAUUAUGUGGUGCCUCGUAUCGAAAUAAAUCAACACUUAUUGCCCACAUACGAAGACAUCGCAAAGAAUUACCCUCGAAACGGUUGCAUGGUAAUGAACGUUUAUUUAAACAUAAGAAUAUGCAUUCCAGUACCGGGAAUUAUUGUUGCGAUAUUUGUGGAAAAUCGUUCAAAUCGAUGGUGACAUUAAAUGGUCACAGAGCUGGUCAUAGACGCUAA